AUGCGGCCAAUCUUGUGUGUCGCUGGCCUCUUGGGCCUUGUCGCUUUCUCUGCUGUUGACGCUUUGCCACACAAGUCGAAAAACACUGUCGUCCAAGGGAAAGCCUUCGACCGGAUUGCCAUCAUCUGGCUCGAAAAUACGGAUUAUGACAAGGCCAUAGGCGAUCCCAACCUCGCAUACCUUGCAUCCAAGGGAAUCACUCUCGACAACUACCAUGCUGUAACGCAUCCCAGCCAGCCAAAUUACCUUGCAGCCAUCGGUGGUGACUACUUUGGCAUGAACCAUGACGAUUUUUCGCGCAUAGAUUCGAAUGUUUCGUCACUGGUUGAUCUGCUUGAAGCCAAAGGUAUUAGUUGGGGAGAAUACCAGGAAGAUAUGCCAUUUAGUGGAUACACAGGUUUUGCAUAUGUGAACCAAGAGACUGGCGCAAAUGACUAUGUUCGCAAGCACAAUCCUGCUGUCAGCUAUGAUUCUGUCGCCAACAACCCAGAUCGUUUAGCCGUGAUCAAAAAUACAACCUUGUUCUAUCAGGACUUGGAGUCAAACACGCUCCCGCAAUGGAUGUUCAUCACUCCCAAUAUGACUUCUGAUGGGCAUGAUACCUCCGUCACCACUGCCGGAGAGUGGACGCGCAGAUUUGUUGAGCCGCUCUUGGAAAAUGAAAAGUUCAUGCAGAAUACACUCGUCCUGAUCACUUUCGAUGAAAACGAGACCUACACGACCCAGAACAGAGUAUUGGCGAUCAUUCUCGGCGAUGCCGUGCCGAAGGAUCUUGUAGGCACAACCGACUCCAAUUUUUAUGACCAUUACUCCGAAUUGUCCACCGUCGAGGCUAACUGGGGCCUGGACACCUUGGGUCGCUGGGAUGUGGGCGCAAAUGUGUUUUCUUUUGUUGCCUCGCAGACAGGCGACAAACUCCGUGAAUGGAGUGCGACUCCUUCGCUCGACCAGCGGUACUUCAACUACUCUUAUGCUGGACCAUUCAAUAGCAAGUCAAUCAAGCCAUAUACCGCCCCGGACGUGGAAGCGGAACAUGCUGGAAGGAAGGUUCUUCCUGCCAUUGUUGAAGCAUGGAAGGAUUGUGAUCCUUACAGCUACUACAGCACAGAGCUGGAAAUUCCAGAUGGAUAUUACCCACCCGCUGGGUACUAA